UGUGCACGAAGCAGACAGUGAGUGUUUAAGAUUCGAGUGCUUUAACGAGCUUGUGAACCACGUUUCCGCUGCGUAGUCGAUAUGGCGCAGAUUACAUGUACAGUGACGGUUACACAGCAGUAUGUCAGCAGCGUCCAUGAAACCGUCCACAGCGGCGCUCAUGCGGCGCCGGAACAGGGCUCCACGGCCGCGAAGCCUCUGCAGACGGUCAUCGACGAUAGUCACGAUAUCCGCCGCCGCAUGGUAAUAAGUAUCGCCGUCCAGACCUUUAUCCUUGUCGCCAUCGGCGUGCUCAUCGUCGUCCUGGCGCCCACCUUACUGCCCGUCCAAUCCGUCCCGCUCAGCAUGUACUUCGUCGGCGGGGUCCUUAUCUUCACACUGCUCAUCGGCGCAUUUUCCGCCUGCCGUGUGCGCACCAUCCGGCCCGCCGACAUCGUCUUCACGACACCGGCCGACCCCACCCAAGCCCUGUCCGCCGUGGAAAUGCAGGAAGCCAAACGAUACCCCGUCCUGUUCGCCUUCCGCAGCUACAACUACGGCCUGUUGCUGGUGCUGGCCGGCAAUCUGAUCAGCGGCAUAACCGGAGUGGUCCCGAAAGACAUUCAGCUGGGCCACAGUCAAGCAGAGGAUAUCAAGUGGCCCCUCAUUGCGUUCGGCGCGGGGUUUAUCGUGCUGGCCAUCUUCGUUAUUUACAACUUUGUCGCGGCGGACAGCUACGCUAAGGAACUCCAGGCAAAACAGCGGAGUUUCUUUUCCUACGAGGAAAUACGGCGCCGGCAGCUGGAGGAGGGCGUCGACGGAGCGAAGAUGACGUUGCCCGCGCAGUAUGAUGUGUCACCGGAGGAGACACUGCAGACCGUUUUGCGCAACAAUUAAACGCGCGUUUAUUGCGCUCAUACACGUUCCUGGUUGCGCUUGUACAGUUAGUAAUACAAUUAUUAUUUUAUUUUAAUAAUGUCUCCUACAUUGUUUGGGGUUGCUUUUUUUGUUGUUGUAACAAUAACGUCGAUGAUAUCAUCUGCAGCAUCGGCAGCACAUCCGGCUUGAUGUAGCUCACGGUGUUCUUGGUGACGACAGCUGAGAAAAUCAAAGUAAUCCUUGCAUCAUACGUUCUUGCACUGGCAACGACAUAUGAAUCGGCAGCAGCCCAGACUGGUUUGACGACAAAAAAGAGUGCCAUUU